UCUCUUCUCGACUCUCUCAUUCUAUCGCAUCGAAAAUGGCUUUUCGGGGUUCGAUCUCUCGAACACUAAUGACCGCCGCAAGGUCUUCCCCUCUCCGAUCACCAACACCUCUCCUCCGCCAGCGUUUGCCGUCGUUGGCCGCCCCUCGUCCUCAUUCCAGCCGCUUCGCCUUCAUAAACCCUAGGGUUUUGGGUGAGCUCGGAACCGUGCAGCCACUGUCUCCGAUGUUUGUUGGAUCUCGCCUCACGUCUCAUCUUGCUGUCAACCCCAGGGCUUGCAUUGAGUUGUCGCACGUUACGUGA